AUGGGACAGAAACAAUCCAAGUUGUCCCCGCAACAAUUAGAGGAAUUGCAGAAGUCGACGCACUUCGACAAGAAAGAACUACAACAAUGGUACAAGGGAUUCCUCAAGGACUGCCCCUCCGGCACAUUGACCAAGGAGGAGUUCCAAAAGAUAUACCGGCAGUUUUUCCCGUUCGGUGACCCGAGUUCUUUUGCAGACUACGUCUUCAAGGUCUUUGAUUCAGAUAAGAGCGGGACCAUUGAUUUUAAAGAGUUCAUCUGCGCGCUUAGCGUGACCAGUCGAGGCAAGAUGGAAGACAAAUUGGACUGGGCGUUCCAAUUGUACGACAUCGACGGCGACGGCAAGAUCAGUUAUGACGAGAUGCUGGCAAUUGUGGAGGCCAUUUAUAAAAUGGUGGGCUCAAUGGUGAAGCUGCCUGAGGAUGAAGACACACCCGAAAAGAGAGUAAAGAAGAUUUUCAGGAUGAUGGAUAAAGACGAAAAUGGCAGCCUGGACAUGGCCGAGUUCAAGGAAGGGAGCAAAAGAGAUGAGACAAUCGUUUCCGCUCUUUCUCUUUACGAUGGACUUGUAUGA